AGAGAAGGCACAGGAUGGAAAACUCAUGAUGAAUUGUUAGGGCAUGUUGAGUUGGUUCUGUCAAUGCCUGCAGUCAGAUGAUUUCACUGGCUGUACAAGAUGAAAUCUCAUAUUUCAAUGUAUAAGUAAAAGUGUCAAAGUUCAGCUGAAGCAGGACGAAUACAGAACAAUUUUUUUGUGUGUAUUUGUAAGUAGGGCACCAGAGCAAUAGAGGAAGCCAAAAUGAGCCGGAAAAGCAAAAGGACUUUAAAGGAGAAAUUUGCCUUGAAGAACAGCUUGGUUAAAGAAGCCCUCUCAGAAUUCCUGGGAACUUUUAUAAUGAUAUACCGUGGUUACUGCCCGACAAACAUUGCACAGCCUUGAAUGAAUUCCUUCUCUUUAUGGCACUUGGAUGUGGGUGUGUGGGACAGGCUGUCCUUAGCAGAGGAGCCCAUGGUGGGCCCAUGACAGUAUCAGUUGGAUUUGCAAUGGCAGUCACCAUAGCAGUGUAUGUGUCUGGGGGCGUUUCUGGUGGUCACAUAAACCCAGCUGUUUCAUUAGCCAUGUGUGUGACUGGAAGAUUAAAAUGGACCAAAUUACCAAUUUACAUAUUAGCACAACUCCUGGGAGCAUUUGUUGGAGCAGCGGCUGUCUUUGGGAUUUAUUACGAUGCCUUUAUGGAGUACAGCAAUGGAACACUUGAAGUCACAGGACCUAAUGCAACAGCACAUAUCUUUGCAACAUAUCCAGCUCCGUAUCUGUCCCUCAUAAAUGGAUUUGCAGAUCAGGUGAUAUCAACAGCUGUUCUUCUUCUGGCUAUAUUUGCUAUUUUUGACACCAGAAAUAACAGCAUACCAAAGGGCCUGGAGCCAAUUGCAGUAGGACUACUUAUAAUUGUUCUUACUUGCUCCUUGGGAAUGAACAGCGGCUGUGCCAUGAACCCGGCCAGGGAUCUAGGCCCAAGGCUCUUCACAGCCAUUGCGGGAUGGGGGAUGGAAGUAUUCACGGCUGGAAAUAAUUGGUGGUGGGUCCCUAUAGUUGCACCUAUGCUGGGAGGCAUACUUGGAGCAAUGAUCUAUAUUGUUUUUAUUGAAAUUCAUCACUCAGAUACUCAGCCACGAGAAGAAAAUGACAUGUAUGAUAAAUAUGAACUGACCAAUCUGGAGUAAGAAGUGAAGAAUUUUCUCUCUCAUUUUGUUGUGCAGUUUUUAUGCAAAUGAUUGUUUGGACCAUUUUAUAAAAGCUGUAUGCCUCAAUUAGAAAUUCACAUUUCAAAGCAGAAAAUCUAUAUAGAAGACAAGUUCAAAACUGAACUCUUUCCAUGAAACAUCAGGCUGAUCACAUUCAAAACUGGA